CGGGACCGCCCUGUCUGCAGAGAGACCUUUAGCGCAGUUCGAAACAUUUCCCCUGUUGGGCUGAAGCCACUGUACUGUAUGUUGUGGAAUAGCCGUAAUUGUGAAAGUGAAACAAGUGGAAAGUGCAUAGCUUGCUUACUUCUCGUUGUACAGGAGCUGGAGCCGAGGCUAGCGUAAUGGCGCUAAGGAAACUUCUGGGUGAGCUGAGAGACACGAGAAGUCUGCUGAUCAGCUCGUCUGGACGGCGUCACCACACAACAAGCUUACAGCCAGCCGCUGCUGACGGACUGGACGCGGACAUCGAAGGUUCCCGUGAGGUCAAACCUUACAGCGCUGUUCCGGGACCGAGAGAGUUGCCUCUUAUUGGCAAUGCAUGGAGGUUCCUCCCUUACAUCGGUCACUUCUCCAUCGAGAGGCUGGACACAGCAAUGUGGAGUCUCUACAACGACUACGGCAAAGUGGUGAAAGUGGGUGGCCUCAUUGGACAUCCUGACCUCGUAUUCGUGUUCGACGGGGACUACAUCGAGCACGUGUUCAGACGGGAAGAAGUUCAGCCUCAUCGGCCCUCCAUGCCCUCACUCCGCUACUACAAGCAGCACCUAAGAAAGGAUUUCUUCCGUGAUACCCCUGGUCUCAUUGGCAUACACGGACCGCAGUGGGAUGAGUUCAGGAGCAAGGUCCAGCAGGUGCUGCUACACCCCGGGGCUGCCAGGAACUACGUGGACCCUCUCAAUGAAGUGGCAAGCGACUUCAUGACGAGGAUUGACAUGCUUCGAGACGACAAGCAGGAGCUUCCGGAACACUUCCUCAGCGAAAUUUACAAAUGGGCUCUGGAAUCAAUCGGGCGAGUGGCCCUCGAUUCGAGGUUAGGUUGUCUUGGGAACGACAUCGCAAGCGACUCCGAAACGCAUCGUAUCAUCAAGUCCAUUCACACAUUCUUCGAGAACGUGGCUGAGGUCGAACUGAGGACGCCGUUCUGGAGAGUCUGGAGUACUCCCACGUGGAAAAAAUACAUCGCAGCCUUGGACGCCUUCAGAGAGCUGUGCAUGAAACAGAUUGCGGAGGCGAUGGACCGCUCAAUCCCGGAAGAGAGCGAGAGGUCUGAAGACGACAUGUCCAUUGUCCAGAAGAUAAUUCGCAAGACUUCCAACCCCAAGAUGGCGGCUGUGCUCGCGCUUGACCUGCUGCUGGUGGGGGUAGACACGACGUCAGUAUCAGUCAGCUCGUGCCUCUAUCAGCUAGCAAGGAACCCAGAGAAGCAGGAAAAACUGUACAGAGAGCUCGAAAGAGUGCUACCAACUCCAGCAGCACCUGUCGAUGUGAAGUGUUUGGAUAAACUAACAUAUCUCAAGGCUUGCAUAAAGGAAACACUCAGAAUGUACCCUGUGAUAAUCGGCAACGGCAGAAGUCUGCAGUCAGACACUGUAAUUGGAGACUACAGGAUUCCGAAAGGCACGCACGUCAUAUUCCCGCAUCUUGUGGUGAGCAACAUCGAAGAGAACUUCCCCUCACCUGACAAGUUCCUGCCCGAACGUUGGCUCAAGUCCGAUCAAUGUCCUCUGACGGCCGGAAAGAAAAUCCACCCGUUCGUGUCGCUUCCUUUCGGGUACGGGCGCCGAACGUGCAUCGGGAGGCGGUUCGCUGAGGCCGAACUGAACAUCCUUCUCGCCAAGAUAUUCCGGAAGUACCGUGCAGAAUAUCACUAUGACGACUUCCGGUACAAGAUCUGCCCUACAUACAUUCCUGAGAAUCCUCUCAAAUUCCGUCUCAUCGAGAGGCAGAAACAGUGAGGGUGACGUCAAGACAACUGCGCCUUGCUUAUCCCGGCAACCCGCGGCACUUCCACAACAUGGCAUGGCUUUCCUUUGAAAUGUUUCUCUGUGUCAUACAGAGCUGCGUUUAAGGAAUAACGAUAGAUAGUCUAUGUCGGUUUAACGUCAUCUCUGCUCUCUGUUCGCUCCGUAGCAACGUGAGUGAGCGUAACUUGUACGCGUGUAAACUGGGCCGUCAACGCAACAUAAAAGCAUCUUCAAGCUGAAGGAACUGCUGAAUCACAGCCGUUUAUUAUUAUGCGAAGAUGUACGCUACGUAUUUCCAGUUCUUCUAGCUCAUCAUCAGGCGAGUUACAAGAAAAAACGAAGUUCUUGAAUUGAGUUGUCUUAAUAUGGAUCCACAAUUUACAGUCUAUUAUUAUUAUUAUUAUUAUUAUUAUUAUUAUUAUAGAGAAUACACCUUUUGGAGAAUGUGCACUAGUACUAUACGCAAAAUCCUAGUAA